UCAUAAGCGAGAGGCUAAUGGAGACAAAUUAAUAAUGGCUCCUUCACUCAUUCUUGUUCCUCUCAUUCUCAUACCGAUCUUUCUCGGUUCGGUUUCCGCCAUUUCACCACCCAAAACCGAUACACUGAAACCGGGACAGCAGCUCAGAGACUGGGAGCAGCUGAUCUCUGCCCGCAAAGUCUUCACUCUCGGGUUCUUUACACCUACAGAAUCAUCCACCUUCUCACUUGGUUCAGCUGGUCUUAGGUAUAUUGGUAUCUGGUCUGAACAUGGUCUAAGUAAUCCAGUUUGGGUAGGUAACCCAACCGAGUCAGUGUAUGAUUCAUCCGGUUCUCUAUCCAUCGAUACCAAUGGUGUUCUCAAGAUCACAAGCGCAAAUGCUUCUCCAAUCACGGUGGUGAGACCACAUCUUUCCUCAGCCGGUAACGUCUCCGCCACGUUACUCGAUUCUGGAAACUUUGUGAUCCGAGAGACAGGACCAGGAGGAGGCCCGGGUCGGGUUCUAUGGCAGAGCUUUGACCAUCCCGGAAGCAUACUACUACCCGGGAUGAAGAUUGGGUUUAACCUAAAAACCAAGAAAGAAAUCUCGGUUACUUCCUGGACAAGUAACAAAGUCCCAGCCCCAGGAGCAUUCAGACUAGGACUAGACCCGUCAGGAGCUGACCAGCUACUCGUCUGGCGCCACGGUGAGAUCUACUGGUCAAGCGGAAAAUUGUCAAACAACGGAAGCUCUCAACUAAACCUAGAGCUAUCCAGUAGCUACAUUGAUUAUGAAUUCACCUUCCAUUCAGACAAGCACAUGAAGUACUUCAGUUACUCAGUCAAGAAAACUAACGGUUCGGUCUUUUCCAGCUGGCUCUUGGAUACUCUAGGCCAAAUUACUGUCACCAACAGUCUCGAGAGCAAGACAAGCAUCCGGGGGUCUUCUGAAAGCAGUGGACCAUGCAAGACGGAUUCGAAGAACAGUUCAGCUAUCUGCAUCGCAGAGAAGCCAACGGCGUGUAGGAAAGGGUCAGAGUAUUUCGAACCGCGAAGGGGAUUCAUGAUGGACAAUGCUUAUUAUGGUGUUGGUUUGAGCUCUGGCAUAAGUGACUGUCACGGAAGCUGCUGGAGAAACUGUUCUUGCGUAGCUUUUGAGAGAUCUUCUGGAGGACGAUGCCAAUAUUGGGGUAAAGGGUCAACGUUUGUCCCUUAUGAUACCUUCAAUGUUAAUCUGGAGCUAAUAGUGUAUGUUCUAGAUUCUGCAAAGUGAUGUGUGGUUGGUUGUUAAGAUCAAUUAUGUAACCACAGUAAUAUCAAUAAAUGGCUUUAACUUAUCAAGAAACUAUGGUAUUAGUGAUCUGUACAAAUGUGAGCAAA